AUGGGUAUCCUUACCCGCUCCGAUUCCGAGAAUGGGAAAGAAAGAAUCAUGAAGCUCAUCCAAGGAGAAGAAAAAACGCAUGCCGAGCUUGGCUGGCACUUUCUUAUCAGUCGGUCCGAAGAGCAGCGUCGGAAUCAGCUUUCUUUUGAGCAGAGAGACCAAAAUGAACGUGCUAUCUUCGACGCCCAGCUUGCCGAUAUACCAGAAGGAAUGCGUGGGAUUGGUGCGCUACGAAAAAGACUCAGAUCUUACUUGGCUGGAUAUAUAAGGAGGCAUCUUCCAGAAUUGAUCAGCAGCGCCAGGGACGCUGAAGAAACACGCCGGAUUGACCUGGAGAAGAUGCCACCUCCACGGGGAACAGAACUGGACCAAAGAAACUACUUGCGCAUCGAGGCUGUCAAGUUCGUCAAUCUAGCGAACGCGGCCACCUAUGCGCAUUACUGCGAACCUUUAAGUUUCUUUGGGGACUUUGACGACCAGACUGGGGCGCAUCUCGGCGCGGACUGGAACAAAGCAACUAAGCGAAGGCUGCAGUCCACGAUUAGGGAACUGAACCGCAUUUUUGCGAUGGAAAUGAAAGACCAGGGCCCUCGCAUUCGCACGAGUGCCACGGGGAUGCCUGACAACAGAGACAACUUGAGCGAAGCAAGGGACAGUUCCUCCGGUGAAAGUAGACGGAGCGCACAAGAUGGCAGCGAUAAGAGUGCUGUUCAGUCAGGAGCCGACCGGCCUGCAGAUAAAGACAAUCGAAAAGUGUCGGAGCAAGCGGAAACUACGCCCUGGGACACCUAUCUACCGAAGGAGUUGCGGCCAACAUAUAAGGCCCCAGCUGCCCAGCAUAUGACAAUGGCUGAGUAUGAGAAAUUGAUCAUGGAAAAACAAAGGCAAUGGUUAGGCCAAGGUCCACGGAGCGAAAUCAGCACCGACCUUUUUCUGGCCAUAAUUUACAAGCAAACGGCGGAAUGGCACCAAAUUUCUGAGACUCAUCUUGAAAACGUUCUCCAGGCAACCCGUCACUUCAUUGAAGAGGCACUAGAACAUAACCUGCCUAAAAAUAUUCGUCUGAAGGUGAUGAGAUAUAUCAUCACUCCACGGCUACAUAGUCUUCAAAAGUCUGCAAGACAACGCCUGGAGGAGCUCCUUGACUGUCACAGGAAGGAAGCCCAUGCAUUUUUGGAUGCAUUACCAACCUUUGGCUCCUCUGAAGAGCCUACUGUGUCAAUUCCGAUCAGCGUUAUUUCCAACGGUGUAUCAAGACUGAGUCAUUUAAUACAGUCAGACAAAUUGCGUGGUUUGUGGGCUACACUGAAAGAUGGAAGAUAUCUAAGCGACAAGCCAGAAAACGGAAGGUUUGCCUGGCAAAUACUCGCACUUGUUGACACUCAGAUACCGCAGCCCCUGCGUCAUGUUCUCAAUUCCCUUUGGGAUGAGGCGCAAAGCAGCCAAAGGAGGAGAUCCGAAUGCCAUGCCCCGAGCAGGAGGCCGCACGGCGCCUCAUUGACCAUACAGAUAGAUUCUAUAAGAGAGGCUUCAGCACGCGAGGCAAGUCCUUGA